GCGCGCUCCAAUGCUAGUGUCAUGAACGCGCGCUUGCGUCGCGAUUGCGGCAAAUCGUUCCGUUUCCUUCGCCCUUUCUCAAAGAAGAAGUCUAUACUUUCGUAAUUUGGUGCUGCUCUGAACUUGAGUGUGUUUUACUACAUUGGAAUUCGCUAAGCAUAUCGAGCCAGCUUCUUGAUGUCAAGUAGACCUCGUCGCAGCUGCGCUAGAGUUGAUGACUCCAUUUUGUCGCCGUCCACGAUAUUUUUGUGGUCAGAUGCUCGAUUAAGACAGGAACUUACACGGAGAGGACUCAGUCGUGUUGGGAUUAGGGAAGAUCUCAUCGAUAGAUUGCUUGACUCCAUCAAUGGCGUUAUAUCUGAUAAGGCCAGUGAACACAAUGAAACUGCUUCUAUCGCAUCUAAUGUAACGCCACAACAACCAAGCAUCGAUGGCAGAGAAACCACUGAAACUCCUACGGUCUCUCAGCCCUCAAGUGACACUUCUGGUUCUGCAACAAAAACCAGGGGCAAGCGGAAGGCACCCGCAAAAUCCGGUAGUGCAUCCACUUCAAGCAGAAAGAGAGCAAAGCGCACUGUAGUCAAAGAAGAGCCUGAAUCUCCUUCUUCUAUUGCUGAAACUCCCACCGCUCGUCCACGGAAGCAAAGGUCUCGUCGAACUGCCGUCGCUGAGGAAGUCCCAGUGCCGCCGGGAGGCGCAGAGGUAGCUGCUGCAGAAGAACAAACGAAUGCAGAGCCGGCGCAGGUGAAGACAGAAGUACCCGAGGAGGUUGCGGAGGAGGCGAACCCUCCUGUUGAGCCAGCGCCCACAUGCUCUAUCACACAACCUAUCUUAUCCAUCCUUCCCAAAAUACGUCCUCUACCGUGUUUGAUUCAGGCGGAGAAUGCAGAAGUCCGUGCAUCUCCCGGUGAAGUCAGAGAACGGACUGAGGCAUCUUCUUCUCAAGCGGCUACGUCAGAUGCAAGUAUAUACACCGAAAGUUCUGACGAUGACUCUUGCAUCUUGAUACGGAAUCGAAUAUCUUCGAAAAGGUUAUCUGCUGGAAGUGAUCUUUCUAGAAAGAGGGAUUCACCUUCUGAGAUUACAUCAGCCCAUGGAGCCCAAUCGCAUGCAAGGAAACUGUCACAUCAAAAAGAUGAAGAUGAUCGCCAUCAUGCUAGAAGACCUUCUAGUACAAGUGUGUCGAACAGAUCGGAGAAGUUGCCUACACACAAGCCUAUAACGGAAGCAUGGGCAGAAAGAUUAGCUCAGCUCAAAAAGAGUAAUCCGAAGUUUGCUUCUGGCUCCUCAACGUCUAGAGAAAAGCCGAAGGAGUUGGAAACACGAAAGAAAUCAAUCUCUAAUAAACAUUUGUCGGUCACAUCUACUUCUGGGGUUACCGUACUUACUUCCAAGAAAACGUCUGUUGUCACGACUAGUGUUCGUGAAAGUAGACCCGACCUCCUCGACUCAAUCAUGACUCAACAAACAGAAUUCUUGCAAACUAUGCGAAGGCCGGAAGAUAGAAAUUCGCCUGAAAUCAUCAGAGAAGUCAGAAGGCUCGAGAACGACGUCGUUGUCGACCAUGCUCCUGCAGAAAAGCCCGAAGACAUGUCACUUACUGCGUUGGAAGCAUACAAGCGGUUCGAACAGACCUGCGCGGGAACCUCUUCAGUCAAGAAUUCGCCCAAAAGUCCACAAAUUCUUCUUCCUCCUCCUCCACCACCACCUAAAACUCAGAAGAAACCUGCCGUAGCAGCAGAUACUGCGCAUCUCUUGGUUCCACCACCUCCGCCUCCACCUCCACCGCUUCCUCCACAGUCUUCUGCAAAGGACAUUCCGCCACCCCCUCCUCCGCGGCGACCAAAAGCUACUUCCUUAGAACAGCUUCCACCUCCGCCUCCUCCCCCAAAACGUUUGAAACCUGCUCACUUGAUCGCAUCCACCAAGCAGGCGCAUCAGCAAACUGCCCCUGCAAUUGCCGAAGUUCAGAGAGAAUCGCCAUCUCCAGAUGUUGCUAAUAGAGCAGAAGAGCUUGCUGUAAUGUCGGAUGUGAAGGCUUGUUUGGAAUAUGUUGUCUUCCUUGUCUCCUCGAUAAAACCAUUUGAUGAAAUUAGUGGGGAACUGCUGCCCGCCACAGAAGUGCCGAUACCAUUUUCUCAACGUAGUAAUACGCGGUGCACCAACGCUGAUUCACAAGAUCACAAAAGUAGCAUUACCCAGGCCAAAGACACUGGCACAAUCAGCCAAGGUGAAACUAGUGCUGGACUUGGUGAAACAGUUGAAGAGGCAGCUCAGCAAGACGAUGAGGAGUAUGAUCCAUUGGAAAGCUCAGCUGUCGAAGGAUUCGAAAGUUAUGUGCCAUCGGCUGUAGUCACAAGAAAUGUAACUCUCGAUGAUCUGGUAUCCUCGCAGACACCAGAGCUCGACAUGAACGAAUUGCCGGCCGAAGAGCGCUAUUCACCCACUACCGCUCAACCAGCAUCGCCCAUGGACGAGGACGAAGAAGAGGAGGAAGUCAUCGAAGACGGAGACAGCGACGUUCUGUCUCUGAGUGAUGACUCUGAAGAGGAAUCUGAGGGUGAAACCGAUCGCUUAUCCAAUCAAACUUUCUUGCGGACGGAUGGUUCUGGGAACAUAAUAAAGGUCGUACGACGUACUCCAAAGAAGGUGCCAGUUGCAUCCGAAACGGCAGCCAACCUUGCGGACGUUCCCAGUGCUAAUGACGCGACUUUACCUCCCGCUGAAGAAAAUGAGGUGGAAAUGAAACCCGAUCCUGCGCUGCUUGAAGAUCCUCGCCAUCUCCUACAGCGUGCAUCAGCAGUGUUACAAGGUUUAGGGAAGAAGCAAGAUUCACAGUAUUCGCAGAUGCCAUAUGAUGAAGAGUACGAAGAAGAAGAGGUUGUGCAACCGAUGGAUAGCUUUCACGGAGAACCUGUGCCCGAUGAUGAUGAUCUUUUUGAAGUCGCCGCUGGAAUCAAGCCAAAACGUAAAGAUGAAGUGGUUAUUAUUGAAGAAAAAGUUCCCGUCUCAACUGAAGAGUUUGAAAUAGAUUUCUACAAUGGCGAUCUUCAUUUGAAAGGAGCACCGGAUAAUGACUGGAUAAUCGAUCCCGACAAUCAGGACGGUUUGGCUCUUGUUUGGGGAGGUGUGAAGAGCACUCACGGUAUCUUCCGGUCGUGCCGACAAACCGAUGGUACCGUCGAUGAAGGCGGUUCUGAUGAGAAUUCUGUGAAGUCCAUAGUAUUUCAAGUCAAGAUUUUGGAUUUGCUUCCGACAAGGCAUUUGCCUUUCGACGAAUUGGAUCCCAAUGACAUCCGUGUGGGUUUCUCUCUUCGAUCAGCCCCGCUCGUGCUGGGUGAAUAUCCAGGAACCUACUGCUUUACAUCGUUGGGUAAGAAAGCGAGUAACAACUUAUUCACAGAUUAUGGUGAACCUUUCACCGUUGGAGAUAUUGUUACUGCUCAGAUGGACUUUGAAACAAAAAGUAUAAGAUACUGGAAGAAUAACGAUAGCUUGGGAGAAGCGUUCACUAAUAUCACUAUACCUGAUGAUGAGGCCGUGUACCCGCACAUUUGCGUCAAGAACUGUCGUGUGACGGUGAACUUCGGAACAUUUCCUGGCGGCGAGGAUGAAUGGAUCAGGCGCCCAGAGUGGGUGUUUCCCAACGCCGUGCCUAGCUCACAAACUGAACGUGCUCCUGUUCCCCCGGAUAGCAAAUCUGACUGCACAGUCUUGAUGAUGGUCGGUCUACCUAGUGUUGGAAAGACUACUUGGGUUCGUCGUUAUAUACGUGAACAUCCUAGUGAACACUGGACACUUAUCAGCUCUGACACAAUUCUAGCUUCUAUGAAGGUGAAUGGUGUGUCAAGAAACAGCAGUCACAUAGGAAGGUGGGAUAUGGUCUUGGGUUUGGUAGGAAAAGCUAGAAAUAGGCUUCUAUCCUUGGCUGCAAGAAGACGACGGAAUUACAUCCUCGACUUUACUAACUGCGAUCCAGAUACGAGGAAAAAGCGCCUCGCUCUCUUUGAGGGAUUCUUCCGACAGUGUGUAACAAUUGUACCAUCCGAUGAGGUUAUGCAGCAACGACAUGCUCGACAUCUGCGACAGAAUAGAGGAGAAGGAACGGCUGCGGUACCCAUAGAGACAUUCUUGGAGUUGAAGGCUGUCAUGGAAAUGCCAGUUGUAUCUGAAUUUCUUGAAAGUGUGAUUUAUGUGGAUCCCGCUAUGGAGGAUGCUCAGAUUGCCAUCGAUCGGAUCGCUAAGUUCAACGAAGAAGGGCGGCCUUGGUAUUCUAGCAAGUAUAAUAAAAGGAGAGGUUACUGGAGCGGCACUUAUGGUGACGAACCUUACAGGAAACCUUCAAUAACGACAGCAACAAGCACAUCGACUACCAAUCGUGUUCAAACAACUAGCGCUGUAGGUAGCAGCGAGAGGACUAGUACGGACGCUAAUCACAGUGCAGUAACAACCAACGUAAACAUCUCACCAGUUGCUUCAGCACCUGAUAUCAAUAAGGAUCAGCACUCACUCGUGAGACCAACGACCAUCAGCGAUCCCGCUAGACCAGUAGAAAUCAGCGAGAAAAUCACGAAUCUUUCUUUGGAAACGCGCGCAUCUGCAACCGCUGCAACCACUACCCCUAGUGCUUUAGCGAGCUCUAACAAUUCUGGUGCUAAUCUGGGGCUAUUGACAACUGCGUCGUCUCCGAUGUUUAGCGUUCCUCCACCAACAGGGCCGCAAACUCCUCUGCUUGUGAGAAAGACCAGUGUUACCACACCGGUUCUCUCACAGCCGCCGCCACCUUCAGCUUCAGCAGAGCGCAGAACUUCCUUUUCGCUUAUUCAACAGGCUGCUCCUCCCCCUGUUGUGGCUCAGCCACCACCAAUAACGGUCAUCGCUCCCCCGCCAGCUCCCAUAGGUGCAUCUUCGGCCAAUCAUCCAUCUCCGAUAACUUCACAGUUCCCCAAAUAUGCUUCACCAAGGAAUAGAUGGGAUGCGCCACCCCCUGCCGUUCCGAACUUCUCCAUCCCUCCACCGUCUAUCCCUCCUCCUUCUCUCGUUUUGCCGAAUUUGUACGUUCCAAGUAUCGUUCCUUUACAACCACCCAUAAUACCACUACUACCGAAUACUUCGGUUCCACCACCGCAGAUAGCGCCUACGAAUUUACCACCACCUGGAUGGCAGCCUCGACCAAAAUAGAAAUUCUGCGAGUGAUGUCCGAUGAUGAGAUGAGCAGGUUCGGGAAACUAUCUUAUGAGAUCCUUUCACCUUUCUGUUGAGUAUGAUUUUUUAUGUUUUUGGUGACAUGUUGAAUCGCUUUUCUAGCACCACUGUGCCGUCUAUCGACGGCGUUUAAAUGUGGACUUCACGGGUAUUUCAUUGUUUCCUUGACGUGACAUCUGAAUUGUAUUUGAAUGCAUGGCUACAUGUAACCAUGGAAUUACUAUUGGUUUUUGUGAAAUGUAUUUCACAUUAAUUUCAUGUUGCUAGAAAUUGCUACCGGAGAUCUUUGUUUCAUUGUGUUGUACGCAUCUCAGAGUAUAUUCCAACAAUAAACUUUUUUAUUCACAC